GUUAGUAUAGUCUUAAUUCAAUACUUCUAAGUUAUUUAGCGUCGUUGGUUGCUUGCUUUGACUGAACUGUAGAACUAGGAAGCAAGAUGCGCUGGAAUAUGGAAUGGUUUCUGUCACUGCUCACAGUGGUUACACUUGGUCAGCUUGUAAGAUGUGAAGAGAACAGAUGCUCUAGAAGCCGGUCAAGGGUGGCAAGGUCAAUCCUUGAUAAGUCUUUCCAAGACAUCAUGCGGAAAGAAGAACUAAGCCCUGGAACAGAGUGUCUGCUAAAGCCAGAGAGGAACAUGUACUGGGACGACGAAAGACACAAGUGGUCAGAGAUAGCAAACAAUUGGAACUGUCUCUACUGCGGCAAAUCCUUCUACAACGAGCAAUUCUUGGACAAACAUUACGAUAAUAGACAUGGGAGUACAGUAUUGACAGGACCUGAAGCAGUGUGCCUUGCCGAUCAUUGUGAUUACCUGCGCUGUGACAUCAUAGCCAGCACUAAAAAGACUUCUUUCUGGGAAGAGGCACUCUGUAAACAAAAAGAUCUCCUUGUGCUCAGAAAGAAAUGCCAGAAUAUCAUGAAGUCAUGUAUUCCUUCCCACAUAACAGAUGCAGAGAAAAACAGCCUACUAGAUAAGCUGGAUGAUACUGUGUGUUCAUUUCUGACUUGUGAAAAAUACUGGGAGAACCCUUACAAAGAGGUGCCGCCCUCGAGAACUGCUGCCUAUUUCAUUGCGGGCAUCUUCACUGUGUUUGGUUUCAUCAUGUACUAUGUCAUGGCCUGUUCCCAUCUCUACGCUGAUGAAAAGGAGUUCUUAGGAGAUAGUGAUGGUUUUGUAAGAGAAAGGUCUAAACUUCCAGACAGCCGUCGCUAUGUCAGUUAUCCAACCAAUCAAGGGCAGUCAAUACGAAACAGACAAGGGAUGGUGGGAGACAGGUGACAAAAGGACUUCAUUUGAAUCUUUUACUGUUAAGGAAGAAGACUUGUAAGCUGCUGGAAGAAUUUAUGUUUAUUCUUCAACCACCGAAGAGGUUCAUCUGAUUGGUGACGUAACUUAAAAAUAAGUUUUCUUCACAAUCAGUAGAAAAAUCUACCUGUUUUCAGAUAAGCUUUCGCUUGCCGUGCUGCAAGCUUCUUCAGACAGACGAUUCAGGACAACGAUUGUGAAGAAAGAACUGACUUUCAAGUAUUCUCCUUUGAAGCGGGAACAACUAUUUGAUGCCAUUACAAUUUCUCUCUCUUCUAGGUUAUUGUGAUGAGACAUGCAUAUACCAUGAAACUGUAAAGUAGGUUUGGAGAUUUUGAAACAUACAAUUGAACAAAGUGAGAGAGAGAGAGAGAGAGAUGGAGAGAGAGAGAGAUGAACAGAGAGAGAGAGAUGAACAGAGAGAGAGAGAGAGAGAGAGAGAGAAAUAGGUAUAUACUUGCAAUAACAUGCUCAUCUUCAGCAUGCUUUUGCCCCAGACAAAGCAAUAAAGAGAAAACAAAUUUGUGGAAAAAUUGAAUGCUAGGUUGUCAAUUUGUAUUGAUUGGAAAGAAAUGCUUUUGUUAUUUAAAGUUCAUAAAUGGAUUUAUUUCGAUGAUUGUUUGAUUUGCCAGUUUUUUUUCUCCAAAAUCUGUAUGACUACUUUUUUGUUGUUGCACUUAAUUAAAACAACCAACCUACAUGUAUAAUUAGGCUGCACCUCAAAUCUAUUACCUGUAGCCGAAACAAUGGCAGUUUAACAGUUGUUUAUGAUUAAUUAAGCACAAAACCAUUACUUACAUGAAAUGCCUACACUUACAUGUAGAAGCAAAGUAUUAGGCUCAUGCAUCUGUACCCAAGAUUGUUUACAAAAUAUACCUCUUUCUUUUUCUUCUCUUAAACACCCUUUACAGACCUAUGUAUUGAGGGAAGGUAUUGGAAAUUGUCAUGGUUAGAGUCAGUUGAUCAAAUAUUUAUAGUCGUUAUACAAGGUUGUGAUUAAAGAGAAGG